AUGUCUAACCACCUCGACGCACCAUUGUCUACGCAACCUGGCUGGCAGGGACAGUAUUCAUACUUGGCUCCCGAAAGCAGCAUCUUCUCCCAACCGUACGAAGCCAGAAAUGAGAGCGCGGGUGCUUCGCAGCCGCGAUCUACCGCUGGUGGGCCUGGCCAGCUGGACGUCUCUGUGAAGCUGGAUGCAAGCUCACCCGAAGCCCAUCAGAAGAGUCCAGAGGCCCUAUCACCAGUCAUCAAGCAACGAUCUCCCUCCGUGGAGCAGCCGGGACAACACCAUCUCGAGGCCUCGACACCAAGAACAGCAACGGCUCCAGCAAAUGAGCCACACUCGAUGGCUCAGGACACCUCCAGCUUUCCAAUGGCAUCGGCGCAAGCAGCCUCUGCGGUCCAAACGGACCAAGAGCCAGUGAGCUCGUCGGUCCCGAUCGCCAGCGAGGAAGAGACUGUCCUCCUGAAGGAAGAAGAUGAUGAUGUCUUCGACGAUGAUGACAUGGAUGGCGACGAGAAUCCCCGUGCCAAGAUCAAGCGACUUACGGCAGAUGAUCGUGACCGCAUGAUCAAAAUGCGAGCUGUGCCUGACGACUUUGACAACGUGCAGGCUCUUCACUCACCAUACGGCGCGGUCCAUGCGCUCGGGGCCCCAAUGGCUUCACCUGUUGAGUUCGGCUCCUCUGCAUACAGCGACCACAUGAUGAGACCUUUGAUGGUGGACGUGCGACGAAGCGAGGCAGAGGACCACAUGUCGCCAACCGGUCUGAGCCCAGCUUUUGGAAACAUCGGUUUCAGCGCCUCGGCUUCUUUAAGCAACUCUGAUAUACUAUCUCCCAUGUCCCCUACGGUCCACGAUCACCGAUACGGAUACAGCAGUCACCUCUCGCCCACGAGUGCCGGGCACAGACCAACCAAUGCCUUUGGUCGACAGACCAGCCUAGACCAGUCCAUGAUGCAUGGCCGACAACACGCUCGUCGCUUCAACCGCUCCAUCUUCGCGAGACGCUGUCAAGUCUACCAGCCGGAACAACUAAGUAGCGGCUCCUCAGGCUCCAGCGGCAUCGGCUACGACUCGGCCUCGUAUUCCACCCACGCUUCUCAGUCUCCGCCAAACAUCAACUACGCCAGCUACCAACCCUCCAGCUUGCAGUCCACUCCAGAACAGACUGCGGAAACAGAGCUCCUCGGCGACAUUCCCCUGGGCUCGAUCUUCGCAACCAGUAUAGAUCCUCCUCGCUCACUCUGCCAGCAGCCGCGACCUCUCCUCCGCACAUCGCACUUCAGCGGCACCUCUGCACCGAGCUACACAGCCAGCUACCCCUCCGCACCCCUGACUGCACCCAUGGACUUUGCACUUCCCCGCACUCCCGGCAGCGCAAGCACCGGCCCCCGAUCGGGUGUCCACGACUACUCGAUGCCUCAGAUGAGCGCACCCAUCGCGCCUCCACAUGAUUUUGCCCAGGCAUUCCAAGGCGCCAGCGUCAGGACCCCAAUGCGAGACACUUUCACUGGUGGUCACCAGGUGACCGAGCACCGCAGCGAUUACGGCACAGAUUUCGGUUCUGGAUCGGCCUUGAAGAGGAAGCGAAGCUUCACCAUGCCUGGAGGCGGGCCAGCUUCUCGGCCCGGAGCAUACGGCAACUCGACCUGA